GGCGCCACGUACACCGCCCCCCCUGGGCCAGACCCGCGGAACGCAAGCGGAAAGCGAAACCUCAGACCCGCCGGGUCUUGGGUCUCUCUGGGCUGCCCGCGCCCCGACCCCCGCGCGCGUGACGCCAGAGGCCUGCCUGCAGGCCCUGGGUGGUGGGCCAGUCUGCCUCCGCCCUGGGCGCUCGUGAGACAGAUGCUCGAGCCGCCGCUCCUACCCGCGGAGGCGCGGGUGCGGCAGUCCGAGGCUUGCGCCGAGGCGCCGUCGCAGGACUCGGAGCUGCGGUGCGCGAGCCCGAACUGCCACUACCUGGUGCACUCCAGUGGUAGCCCCGAGUACGGGCCCUUCUGCUGCGGGCGGUGCUGGUCGCGCCACGUGGGCGUCAUGCGCGGCAGAGUGGCGCACGGCCCGAACUGCGAGCGGCGGCCCGCGCCGUCCACGACGCGCCGGGCGCGCUACGUUCCCACCGCCGCGGACCAGGAGAUCAUCGACGAGGCGCUCAUGUCGCGGGGGCAGCCGGCCCGUGCGAUGGCCUCCGCCCCUUGGAACGGGCAGCCUCCGGCCGAGGCGAUGCCGGCCCAGGCGUUGGCAGCCCCCUCCUGGAGCGGCGAUUCGGCCCGCGAUCUGGGGCGCGCGCAGGCUCCUGCCACAGCGCCGGCGCCCAGGCUCGCUCAGGCUGCCAGCAGCUGUGCGGUGCUGCCAGAGAAAGUGCCGGCGCCGCCGUGGGAGGGCGCAUGGGAGGCCCGAACCAUCCAGUGGUCCAAGCAGUCGGCCGCGCAGCCACCGCCCCCAUCCGAGCCUCCGCCCAACAGGGCCGAGCCGGACGGGUGGCCCAACCAGUCGGCCACGCAGCCGCGCCCGCCGCCACCACCGCCACCGCCACCUCCGCCCGGCCCUCCGCCCUGCAGGGCCGAGGUGGAGUGGUGGCCACCGCCACCCCCACCCGAGCCGUCGCCUGGCAGGGCCGAGCUGGAGGGGUGGCCCAAGCAGUCGGCCGCGCAGCCGCGCCCGCCGCCACCGCCACCCCCACCCGACCCUUCUCCUGGCAGGGCCGAGCCCGAGGGCGUUCGGCGUUGUGGCCGGUGGGGGCGCCAGCCGCUGCCACCGUCGGAGGAGUGGUGGCCGCCGUCGCCGCCCGACGGAGGCGAGACGUGCGAGGCAGCGGCCUCGCCUGUCGCGUCGCCCAGUCGGGCCACUUGGCCCCCGCCACCUCCGCCGAAGGCUGUGCCCGCCAGCGCCGAGCCCACCAUCACGGAGCUGGAGGCCAUCGUCGACGUGCUCGGCAGGUGCGGCGACCGAGCAGGCGCCGAACGCUACAGGCAGCUGCUGGAGGCGAGGCGGCCCUCCGCUGGCGCCACAGGCAAGGCGGCGCCACCGCCCCCGCCACCGACAGGACCACGAUCUUCGACGCUCCGCCCGGCGGCUGCCAGUCAACCUGCCGCUGUCAACUGCCUGCGGCAGCCGCCACCGCCACCGCCGUGUCGCCAGGUCGGUGCUGCCAUGAACACCCUCAGCAUUGGGGAGCUGCCCGCGAAAUCACCGCCGCUCUUCCAGGCAGCCAAGCCAUUCAGUGCAGUCCCCCUGCGGCACGACGUGAGCACCACCGCCAGCGGCACCAGCGGCGCCAGCGGCUGCGAGAGCAGAGGACGGCCGUCCGCGGAAUGGUCGCCGCAGGGCAGCGCCGCGGAGGCGGGCCGGCCCAGGACGUUCGGGUGGCUGGACGGCGAGUGCUGACGGCGGCGCCCGUCGGGGCCCUCUGUGGGCCGCGCUUCCGCCCCCCGCCCUCUCCCUGAUGGGCCCCCACUCUCGUCCUGCUCAGAGCUCUUCCUGCUCUACCCCCUGCCGGGCAGGCGGGCGGCCCCCGGGCCGGCGGCAGGCGUGUCCGGACCAUAGGCUCCGAGUGCCUGCUGCCAGGUGCACCCGCGCACUCGAGGGCACGGCCGCCAUUGGGGGCCUCACUUGGCUGCCAGCUCCCAGGCGCACGCUUGGACGGCGGGAGUCUGGCGGCAUCGUCGAGACGCGCCAGGCAUCGCCGUCGACUGCUUUCAUGCCCCGCAGUGGUGUCAAGGCCGCCACGUUUUCAGCCAUUGUGGGCCAAAUACAGUUGCUGCACGUCGCGUGCAUUUCGCACUGCUUGUUGCAGGCUCACCAUCCGCACCCACACGGGCACAACCUACGCAUCUUGAGCCAGGUCUUGCAUGCAGCUGCUGCCCGAAGAUAAUCCGGGGCCGGCGGGUUUCCCUGAUUGGAGGCGCUUGGCAGUAUGUAUUCAAUUGAACGCCCCUGAGGGGGCAGACACCGCCGCCCCACUUUCUUUUUGGAACGCGAAGGUUGCGUGGGGGGC